UUAUUUAUAAAUACGGGACAUUAUGGUUUGCCCUAGAUUCCACCGAAGCCCGGUGCCUCCGCGUCUCCGCCGCCAUCUUCUACCGGACUUCUCCUAGUUAGUCCGGCCAGCCGCUCCCUCACAGCCCAAGCGGAGACGACAAUAUUUACCGCUUUCUUUCUGCCCAUGUGUGCCUAAUCCAGCUGGUCGUGCUCGCCGCUCCAUUACCGUCUCGAAGCGAAGCCGACUAGAUCUGUAGAUCAGCAGAUCCAGGGGAUAUAUAUAGCAAGUAAUCGGCGUUCGGACGGAGGAACCGCAGGCAUAUAGGAUUUUGCUGCUGUCAGGCCAUCUCUCAGAAGAUUCGAUUAUUCAAUUUGGACUUGGAGUUGGAGAGGAUGCAUCGUCGGUUUUUGAAUGUGAUAGUACAGGACUUGAACACUCGCAUCAAUUCGUUGUACCUCGUCGACCCUUGGAAGCAUCUCUUCUGCCGGUCAACAGGAAAAGCAGAAGCUGCAGAAGAUGCAAAACUGGAGAAGAAAAAUCCAGGAGCGUUGAUAGAUCCCUUGAAGUUGCAUAAGCCGCAACUCAGGUUUGGAUCAUUUCUCCUCUCUGCUCUGUUGACAGAGAACUGCCUCCUGCUGGCAGACUCUACUCACAGUGCAUUUCUCUACGACAACGACUUAAACUCGGUCCAACCCAUUCAAUCUAUGAAUUUUCCCAAGGGACCUAAUUGCGUCUGCUUCUCUGCACCCCAAGCUAACCCCUUAGACUCUCACCGCUACUAUAUACUGGACCUGUCACCGGCCUCCACUAUCAAUUCUCCCUUUAGGGUCCUCAGCUACCGCUCUAAUAGUUUCUCCUCCGAAUCCCAUGUAAAAUCUAACUACACCAAUUCAUUCUACUGGGAUACUCUCCCAGUACCACCAUUUCUAGGCCAUGACUAUGGAAGAACCAUUGACAUUUGUUCCUCCAUGAUGAUCAAUGGCUCGACCAUAUGCAUAUCCUCUGUCGAGAAGGGCGUUGGCACCUACACCUUUGAUACAGUGACAAAGUUAUGGACUCAGGCUGGCAAUUGGGUGCUGCCCUUCUACGGCAAAGCAGAGUAUGUUCCCGAGCUCAACCUUUCUUUCGCUCUAUCUGCUGACAGCCCCCACCGCUUGUGCGCUUUAACCUGCACUACAAUGCACCAUGGCGGCCCACCAGCAUUGCAGCAUACUUUUGAUGAUCUCGACCUGCCGGAGAAUUGGUCGCCAUACAAGUGCCACCUGGUUAACCUUGGCUCAGGCAACUUUUGCAUCAUUUCCUUCUGUAAGACCAUGAACUGUGAGUUUGCCGUCUUCACCGGCGUGGAGGUGAAACCCUGCAUCAAUGGCGACCGACCUCUCCGGAUGAUCAAGCACCUGUCUAAGAGUUUCAGCCUUGGAUCUCAUAGCAUCAAAAGUGUGCUCUGAACCAUCUAAUUGAUUGCCUGGAUGCCGAUAUGGAACUUAGUCUGUAAUCUGUGCUAUUUUGUUUUCUGCCUCUUAGCUGUUCUAAAGCCUGCUGCUGUUUAUCGGUCUUGAUAUGCUGCAUUUAAUCCGACAGCGCAUGACUAUGUAAAGACUACUCCCUCCGUUCCAAAAUAUAGCGCGCCCACGCUUUUUGAGGUUCAA